UAUUUUAGUGGCUGUGACGUGAUAUUGCAGCCCCAGUCCUAAGCAGGGUGAGCGAGCAGAGCAGUUUCUAUCUCUCCUCCAUACUUACUCAGUAUUCAAACAUCCGUCCGCUAAGGAUUUUUUUGGACUACUUGCUGCCUCGUCUUGAUAGGCUAAUAUAUCUGGAGAAAAGACACGAAGAGACCCGUCGAUGAUCCAUAGAGGUAUACCUUCACGGUAAUUUGGUAGAUUUUUGUCCCCCCAAUUAUUCUACUAUUCCUCUAUUGGGCUGUCGCGAGUUGUUUCGCUUCUCACUGGGUCCGUUUUGAUGGAAAAAAGCGACGCGGAGGAGAUGAUCCAGACGGGAGUCUAACGCAUUUUUUUUUUGUCCAUUGACGAUCAUCUUGUUGCAUUGGACUUCUAUUGUGGGCUAUGGGAAGUAUCGAUUCGCACGGAGACAGCACAUUUUGCUCUUCAUAAAGGAUGUGGUCAAGUAUUUGGGAAAAAUAGCCAUAGCUUCCGGAGUGUAAGGCCAAAUGACAUAGGAUGAAGGCUAUUCGUAACCAGUUGAUUUAUAUAUUUUCCACCUAUCUCCUGGUUAUGUUUGGAUUAACUGGUGCACAAGACUACUGGUGUUCCACUUUGGUCAAGGGGGUCAUAUAUGGAUCUUACUCAGUGACUGAGAUGUUUCCCAAGAACUACACGAACUGCACAUGGACGUUGGAGAACCCUGACCCUACCAAAUACAGCAUCUACCUUAAACUAUACAAACGAGACUUGAGCUGCUCCGAGUUCUCUUUGCUUGCUUAUCAAUUCGAUCACUACUCGCACGAGAAGAUCAAUGAAUUGCUGAAAAACAACGAGUCUAUAGUGUACCUGUGUGAUUCCAAGAAUAUGUAUAUAUUUUUGCAGUAUGACAAGAAUUUCGUGCAGCUACGGAGGGUUUUCCCUUACGAUUAUAACGGAUUGCAGAAGACGGACGAAGAGGAGACGUCUGUGGUGGAAUUCUUGGUCUUGAACAAGGCGAGCCCCAGUCAAUUUGGAUGUCAGGUGCUGUGCACGUGGCUGGAAAACUGCCUGAAAUCGGAGAAAGGAACUGUGGAAUCAUGUGGAAUAGUGUAUACGAAAUGCACCUGUCCCCAGCACCUAGGCGACGGAGAAUCAGAAAGUAUGCUUUUGCUUAACAACGUGGUUUUGCCUUUAAAUCCCCAAACGGAGGGAUGCCUGACUCCACAAAUCCGUGCUGGGCAGGUGUGCAACAUCAGUGCAGAGGUUAAACGACCAGCAAAGGAGGGUGAGUAA